CGAGAGGCGUACACACACGAGGACACGGAUCAUACAGCUGGGUCCACAUGUCCCACAGCUUUAUUGCUCGGAAACUUCCUUCAUAAACUCCACUUCAUAAACUCCACUGAGGAUGGAGAGGUCAGACAACUUUACAACGUCCCAACUUCUUCCCCUGCAGAGGGCUAAUGACGCGUCCCAAACUGACAAAAACAACGGCAACGCAUACGUGUACAUUUUCAUAGUAAUCUCCUUUUAUGGGGUCUUCCUCGUUGGAAUAAUGCUGGGCUACGUUCGCUCCAAAAGGCGGGAGAAGAGAAGGUCGAAUGUUUUUACGCGUCUGGUGCACGAGGAGGAGCAGCGGGAAUGGGGCGCGCGGCAAAAGAAGCACAGCAUCACCAUGCCCUCCUUCCAGGUGUCGCUUCCCUUCUCCGCGGGGAUCCAGGGCCUCUAUGAAGGAAGGGUCCUGAGCUCCCCUCUGGCCUGCGCCCUGUGCUCCAUUGAGCAAAGCAGCGUCAGUUCACUGUGCUCCUCCGCCGACGUGCACCUCGCCAUCGAGGAGGAGUCAGACACCGGGACCGCGGAGGGACCGGACGAGACCCUGAAGGGCAGCUCUCUCGACGACUUCGCCGAGAUACAGAUACUCUGAGAGGAACUGUGACGCUCAGAACAGAUGAUGAUACUGGAAAUAAACGCAUCAAAACUGUAGACUUUCCACCCCUCUACGUCAUAUAGGAAAUAAGUGGAGAAAUGAAUGACUGGUAAAGAAAGUUUAGCUCGACACAUGGAACAAGUGCUCUUUAACCAUCCGGUUCUGAGCAUUGAAAUGUACCUGGAACCCACUUGAAAUGUAUUUUCUGUAACGACACCCUCUUAAACCUCUUAAGAUGUAGCCUAAUGAUUUCACUGUUCAUGUCUAUGUAGGUUUGCCUGGGGUUAUUGUGUAAAUUGAAGAUUUAAAAAAAACUAUGCUCUGUUUGAGAGAUGGUUCUUCUCAACUCUUCUUGGGAAAUAAAUGUUUUUAUGUUGAAAAAAGUUGAUCCUCUCUUUUUUAAAUCAAAGGGAGGUUGCAAUAUCUAGUUUUUCUCCAGAAGGGGGCAGUGCUGCAGUAGUUUUACACUACCUAUUUCUGAGGCACACUAGUGGUUUCAGUAGAAUCAUCAUUUACAUGUUAGUCAUUUAGCAGCUCUUAUCCAGAGUGGCUUACAUGAGCAAUUGGGUUAAGUGCCUUGUUCAAGUGCACAUUGACAGAUUUUUCACCUAGUCGGCUCAGGGGUUCAAACCAGUGCCCUUUUAGUUACUGGCCGAACCACUAAGCUACCUGCCACCCCCAUCCUGUCCUUGAAUUGUCUUGUUCUGAAGUGUUGACAUACUAAUUGAUCAAAUUAGAACCAACUUUUUCAGGCAGUUAGCGAUUAUUGAUUUAGACUUAUUUACAUUUCUUUCAUUAAGCAGACUCUUAUCCAGAGCCACUUAGAGGAGCAAUCAGGGUUAAUAAGGGACAUCGGCUGAUUUUUCACCUAGUCGGCUCGGAGAUUGGAACUGCAACCUGUAUCUGACAGUAAGAUUAGCCCAAACCACCCCACCCACUGGAGACCUUCCCAUCUGAUAGUAAUCCUGAGAAAUGAGCUCAUGGGAUUUCUCCUCAUUGCUAUGACAAUAACGCUACUCCUUUGCAUAGAGGUGAUCAGGCUGUUGAUUGUGGCUUGUGGAAUGUUGUUCCAUUCCUCUUCAAUGGCUGUGAAGUUGCUGGAUAUUGGCGGGAACUGGAACACCCUGCCAUGCACAGAGGAUCCCAACCAUGAUCUAUGGGUAACGUCUGGUGAGUGUGCAUGCCAUGGAAGAACUGGGACAUUUUCAGCUUUGAGGAACUGUGUACAGAUCCUUGCGACAUACACUACCGUUCAAAAGUUUGGUGUCACUU